CUGCAUUCUGUCACCAAGGCGACCGCGUGGGGGUGGGGCCUGUCAGAAAAGCCUCUAUUGUGGCCUCCCCAGGGUAAAGGAGUGGGGGGAAGGAGCCUGCUAAUUUACUUAUUAGAAGUGUAACGAAAGGAACCUGCCUAGGACUGACUGAGCCUUUCAUGGAGGAAGCAGCAGGCAAAACCGGCCUGUCAGCUGCGAGCGGCUCCCAGGCCCUGCUCCGUUGUGGGAUAGCUCUUCUUGGCCGUCUUCCCCAGUGCAGUGAGCAGUAGAACCAGGGCACCAUUGUGCUAAGCACUGUGCAAACAUAUAAUGAAGAGAUGAGAGAACAGAUGGAUAUAACCACUAAAGGAAGUAUGAGGUACCAGUGAGACAGUUUUGAUGAGCACAUUGAUAACUCUGAGAGAGUUUCAGUUCGGCCCGCCAUAGUAUUUCUUGAUAAGAAGAUGAUGCAAGAUAGCCCGAUAUAUAUCCCUACAGAUUCAAGCCAUGGUGCUGUGGACUCUCACUUAUCCCAGGAAAUCAGCACCACUGUCUCUGAACAUCUGGAUGAGUCAAACAAUGAGAGCACAGCAAGAGAUAGUGAAGGAGAAGAAAAGAAAAUGAGGAAAAAGGCACUCCCUAUGGACUGUGCGCCAGCACCAAAUGAGAAAUUAGAACAAGCACAGAAGAUGGCAGAAAAGUUCAUUAAAGAAAAAGAGGUGUAUAAAGCCAACAGGGAACUUAUUCGAUGUGUGGCUCUGAGUAGAAUUAUCUAUGGAGAUGGUCACUGGCAACUGGCACAAGCAUUCGCCAACCUGGCUCACAGCUAUUUAAUACUUCAAGGUCUUCCUGCACAGGCCAUAGAGCAUGCGGAAUCAGCCAAACGUACCAUGCUGACAGGGAUUCAUAUGCCUCCAGCAACUCCAGAGGACAAAAGAGAAAUAUUAGGAACUCUUGUGACUAUCUACUUUACCUUGGGCGUAGCACAUCUGGCACAGAACAAUGGCAAAGAAUCCUAUCUCAGUCUGCAGAAGGCAGAGAGACUCAUGGAAGAACUUCAAGAACUGGAUGGGAGAGUGAUCAUGGGAUUAAAAAUAUCUGAGAAAGAUUUAGUCAUUGCAUUGGGCAGGACAUGUUUGCAGCAAAACAAGUUGGACUUUGCCACAAGUUAUUUUGAAAAAGCUGUUGAUGCAGUAAUUUCAACGGAAGGCGAUACGUCUCCAGAACUGAUAAAUCUUUAUCAGAAAAUUGCCCAAAGUGAGCAACUGAAAAAAAACCAUGAAAGAGCCAUAGCAUAUUUAUUACAGGCCCAUUCCAUUUGCAUGGCUCUGCACAAGAAACUUAGUGUUGAAGCUGCUCAGACGGGCUUGUUGCUGGGCAAAGCUUAUGCUGCAACUGGAGACCAGCAGCAUAUUGAGGCGGCUGAAAUGUAUUUUACAGAGAGUCUGAUUGCGUAUCAGGCAGCAUUGGGUGCGAAGGAUUCCCUGACACUUACUGCCAUUGAGGAAUUCAGUAAAUGGCUUGUAUAUGUAGGGAAAAAACAGCAGGCCUACAGGCUGCUGAAAGAUUCAUUGAAGUCCAUAAUAGACACCUAUGGUGAUUUUAGUGAGAAAACAGCUGAAACUUACCAUAUCAUGGGCAGUAUCUGCCUGGCAGAGGGAAAGAUGAGAGAGGCUUACCAGCUGUUCAAUAAGUGUUUGCAGAUUCAAAUAGCUGUUUAUGGGCCUCGCAACAGGAAACUGAAAGAGAUGCAAGAGCUCCUGACCGCAUUAGAGAGGUCUCCAGCUGUCCAUGAAGGGAACAGACUUGUGAAGUAGAUGCUAAAUCAUACUGUUGGCAAAAAUCUUGGAUCCUUAGCAAUUGUGACAGCACAUGAAAUCAGAAACUAAGUUGGAGGAUUAAUUGGAGAACUC